CGACUUACGGGUGAGGGUACGGUGACGGUAGAGUUCCCACAGGACUGCAUUAAACCUGUUGGGAACAAUGCCAGGUUGUUUAUGUCAGAGGUUGGUGUCUUAUGCUGAUCUGUGAUCCCCCCACCACCCCCCAUUGGGCAGAUAUGACAGAUGAUGUGCGGCAGCUCAUCCGUCAGCGCCUUCAGGAUAAAUUUGACUUGGAUUUGAGUAUUCCGUACAUUUUCCAUGUUGUCGACAACAUGGUCAAGGAGCGGUUCAAGGAGUACCGCGGUAACUUACACAAGCGGUACAAGCAAUGCGUGAGCUACGAGGAGGGCGUACAGUCCGCAUCGCCGCACGUGACCCAUGACGACUGGCGGAUACUCUGUGAGAGAUUUUUGUCUGAGUCUUUUCAGGUAAUAUUUACAUAUUUACGAUAUCUUAGGGUAACAAUUAAAUUCAUAAUUAAUAACAAUGUAUUAUGAAUAAUGUGUUCAAAAGAGGAGUAAAAUAAAUUUUGACAAUAGGGGAAAGUUAGAAGUGAACCACGUAGCUGGUUCAAAGUCAUUUGUACGACUUCGUCACGACAUGGUAAGAAAUUACUGGUAAUUAAUAAGUUGAUAUAUUCUUUCUAUGCAUUUGUAUUAACUCUAUUGUCCUUUUGAUUACGCAGCG